AUGUCGGCGAAAAAGCAAAGUUCUAUUACAAGCUUCUUUGCGAGAACGCCGAAACGCGAAAAAGUUGAGCCGGAAAAGAAAACUGAGGAAAACGUUUUUCCUAAAGAAACUCUCGAUGAGCGCAAGGUUUUGAAACGAUCCAAUUCGCAGACCGUCGAUUCUCCUCUCGCAACUCCAGUGAAAUCUGUGAAACGCGCUCGAGUCAUCGUUUCAUCUUCUUCUUCUUCUGAAGAUGAUGACGACAGUAAUGACGAGAACUUUGAGCCGGGCGAUGAAAAUAUGGAAGAUAGUGCAUCGGAAUCUGAAUAUGAUGAAAAUGCUAGUGAUGAUGAAGCUGGAGCGGAUAAUGAUGAGGAUGAUGAUGAUGAUGAGUGCGAAGUGACGUUUGAGACACCAAAAAGAGAAAAGAAGACUCCAAAAGCGGUUAAGAAGACGGCAAAUAGUGGAAGAAUUGGCGGAGAUGGGGAGAAGAUCUCGAUGAGUGUUGUAGAAGAAAAAAUGAAUGCGAUUAUGAGUGGAGAAACUGAAAGGGAUAAGAAAGGUCAUUCGAAGAAGAUGACUUCAAAAUCGAGCGAGUACGAAGAAGUCGAAAGAUUUGAUCAUGAAAAGUUUGAAUUUCUCAAGCCUGAAAAAAUUCGCGAUGCUCAAAAAAGGUCUCCAAGCGAUCCCGACUAUGAUCCGAAAACUCUUUGGGUUCCACCAGAUUUUCUCAACAAACAAACACCGGGACAUAAGCAGUGGUGGCUUAUCAAAUCGCAGCAUUUCGACACGAUCAUCUUGUUUAAAGUCGGAAAAUUCUAUGAAACGUAUCACAUGGACGCGGUUGAAGUUGUUCGUGCUUUGAAUAUUGCUUUUAUGAGGGGAUCGUUCGCUCACGCUGGAUUCCCCGAACAUGCUUCGUCGAAAUUUGCUGAUCAACUUAUGAAUCACGGAUACAAAGUCGCGAGAGUCGAACAGACUGAAACCCCACAACAGCUUGAAGAGAGAAACCAGAAGACGAAGAUGAAGGAUAAAGUCGUCCGCAGAGAAGUGUGCCGAGUUACAUCGAAUGGGACCAGAACCUAUGGAAUUUUGGAUGGUGUCGAAUUGGGAGAAAAUUCGGAAACACUCGACCCAACAUCUAAAUAUCUGUUGGCUGUCAAAGAGACGCAGGAUUCAGAAACCGGCAAGUCAAUUUAUGGUGUUUGCAUGAUUGACACGACAACCGCUGAAAUUCAAAUCGGACAAUUCUCCGAUGACGAUUAUCGAUCGCAAUUGAGAACACUUCUUGCGAAUAUUGUUGUUGUGCAGCUUCUUACUGAAAGAAAUUCUUCGUCUACUACAACCAAGGCGAUUUUGGGCGGAAUUUUGUGCUCUGUGCCAACAGAAGCAUUGCUAGCAAAAAAACAAUUCUUGACAGCUGAAGAAGCGGUGAAAAUCAUUUCCGGCGAUGACUAUUAUGGAAGCGAAGUUAGCGAAUGGCCGGAAUGUUUGAAAUUGAUGAUGGAUGAGUCGAGUGUUCUUCCGAAGCCGUCGAGCAAAUAUUCUCUUGCUCUUUCGGCGUUUGGAGCCGUUUUAUGGUAUCUGCGCGAUAGUUUGAUCGAUGUGGACAUGCUAUCAAUGAAAAAUAUUUCAUUGUAUGAAGCAAGCUUUGAUAAAAAGAAGGAGGAAAUCACGAAAUGGGACGGAAAAAGUUUGAUUCUUGACGGAACUGCCCUCGAAAAUUUAAACGUUGUUCCAAAUGGACGCGAUUCUCACAGUUCCUCGUUGUAUUUUGUCAUAAAUAAAUGCUGCACACCGUUUGGACGCCGACUUCUCAGAUCUUGGCUUCUCCAUCCUACAUGUGAUCCAACGCAGUUGAAACUUCGUCAAGAUGCUAUAACAUGGAUGACAUCGCCUGAUGCUUCCAGUUUUGUCACAAAAGUUACUGGAAUGAUGAAGAAAAUUCCGGAUUUGGAUCGACUUCUUCAGAAAAUUCAUACGAUUGGACUUAAAUAUCGCGCCGAGAAGCAUCCGGACAGUCGUGCUGUAAUGUUCGAUUCUCUUCGCAUCAAUCAGAGAAAAAUUUCCGAACUUCUCGCGGCUAUCGAUGGUUUUAAAGUGUGUAAUAAAAUUCGCGCCGAAUACAUGAAUAUGCAACAAGAGGGCGAAGGCUGCGCAAUGUUGGAUGAUUUGUUGGGAAAUGAAAAGCAGCGAGAUGAAGUCGCUGAAAAUAUUGCAUAUUUCGAGAAAAUGUUCGAUCGUUCAGCGGCUGAAAAAUCGGGAAAAAUUGUGCCUAAUAAAGGAUGUGAUGAUGAAUAUGAAGCUGCUGGAAAACUCGUCGAAGAAUGUGAAGCUGAAAUUGAGGAGUAUCGCCGAAAAAUCGCCAAAAAGUAUUCUUGCGCAAUUAAAUUUGUGACAUCCGGAAAAUUGAAAUAUUUGCUCGAAAUGCCCGAAUCGAUCAAAGUCUCAUCGGAUUUUGAAAUGAAAUCACGCCGAAAGGGAUUUGUUCGAUAUUCGACUUCAGAUUCUGAAGCGCUUGUUCGUUCACUUCAAGAUGCCCAAAAUGAAAUGGCCAAACUUGGAGAUGACGCGACUCGCCGUGUAUUUGAACAAUUCGGCUGCAAAAACCCAAUUUGGGCUGAAACUGUUAACUCCAUUUCCAAAUUUGAUGUCUUGCUUUCGAUGGCAAUUUUCUCGAAGUCGUGCCCAUUCGAUAUGUGUAUGCCUGAAUUUGACUUCACAUCGACAAAGCCGUAUCUUAUUAUUGAUCGCGGAGUUCAUCCUUGUUUGGCACUUCAAUCAAGAAACGAAGUCACCGGUACCACAUCCUUCAUUGCGAAUAGUAUCACCAUGGGAGAAGGAGAAGCUGCUGUGAUGCUCCUCACUGGACCAAAUAUGGGUGGAAAAUCGACAUUGAUGCGACAAACUGCCAUUUUAAGCAUUCUUGCGCAUAUGGGCUCGAUGGUUCCAGCGAACUCUAUGAAGUUGACUCCAAUUGAUCGCAUCUUUACAAGAAUCGGUGCAAACGAUCGAAUCAUGUGCGGCGAAUCGACAUUCUUCAUCGAAUUGAAGGAAACUGAUGUAAUGCUCAAAAACGCAACGAAACAUUCAUUGUUGCUUAUUGAUGAGUUGGGAAGAGGAACGAGCACAUUUGAUGGGACUGCAAUUGCAUCCGCUGUCCUUCAGAACAUCGCCGACGAAUUGUCGUGCAGAACAUUCUUCUCGACUCACUAUCAUUCGAUUUGUAAUUCGUUUUUGGAUCAUCCCAACGUCCGACUCGCUCAUAUGAAAUGUGUUGUUGAUAAGGAGAACAACGAAGAUCCCACAAUGGAAGAUGUCACAUUCUUAUACGAACUUGAAUCCGGGAUCUGUCCAAAAUCUUAUGGAUUCUAUGCUGCUAAACUUGCCGGAAUCAGCCACGACGUCGUUCGAAAUGCUUAUGCAGAAUCCAACAAGUUCGCUGCGAAUCUUGUCGUUGAUCCGAGAGUUCGUGAACUUGUCGAAGCUGCAAAGAACAGCGAAAUCAGCGUCGAACAAUUGAGAAGCAUGAUUGAAGCAUUUUGA